CAGACCAUGUAGCUUUAAUGCAAUAUCAUACACAUGCACAUUUAGAUUUUUUUCUCCCUGCAUAUUGUUAUGUUGUAAUGACAAAAAAAAAAGCAAAACCCUCCAGUGUUUUACCCAGUUUUCUGCCUUCUUCUGCUGCAGACCGAUGUCAGGAAGGGAUGGCUUGUGCACAGUGUCAGGGCGGUGUAAUAUAGUCUAUUAAUAUUUCAGCAGAUCUCUGAUACACAAAAGCUGUAAUUCGAUAUCCAUAUUAAGGAGAGAGAGAGGGGGAGAGAGAGAGAGGGAGAGAGAGAAAGAGAGGUAGAAGAAAGCAGAGAAGAUAGCUUUGCCAUGACUGUGAGUCUGGAUGCAUUCCUGCAGUGCUGAAGCUCUCUUAUCAGUUCCUAUUCUGCAGCAUCCAUCUACUCUACUGUGUGUGCAUCUUGGGGUCUACUACCUUGAUCUCCUGAAGUUAAAAGGCGUUCUAUAAUUUAAAAAAAAAAAAAAUCGCUGAGUUGGCAACAUCACACCACUCCACCACUUCGAUCCAUUUUAAUUGAGAGCCAGACAGAGAGAGCAAGAGAGAGAGAGAGACACACACACACAUCGGAAAGCAAGACAGCAAUGCUGGAGUCAGCGGGAAAACCAAAAGCGAGACGUUAAAGUGAUAUCAGCAACAACAAACUCAAAGCCCUGCUUCCGAAUGCCCCAUCGAGGGGAACCAACCAUCCCUGGAUCUGAUAGAUUAAAACAUCUCAACUGCUCGAAAGACUAAAACCCACCGAGGUACAAGCAUAAAACAACAGCAGCAGCGAAGAGAAGGUUUGCCAGGAUGACUGUUUUAGCAGGCGACAACAUAGAUGAAGCCUCCGCCUUGCCUGGACACCCUCAAGACAGUUACCAACCCGACCAUGAGGACCACGAGUGUUGUGAGCGGGUGGUCAUCAACAUCUCGGGGCUGCGGUUCGAGACCCAGCUCAAGACCCUGUCCCAGUUCCCCAACACCAUGCUGGGCAACCCCAAGAAGAGAAUGCGCUAUUUCGACCCCUUGCGAAACGAGUACUUCUUCGACCGCAACCGCCCCAGCUUCGACGCCAUCCUCUACUAUUACCAGUCAGGUGGCCGGCUAAGGAGACCCGUCAACGUGCCCCUGGACAUGUUCUCGGAGGAGAUCAAAUUUUACGAGCUGGGGGAAGAGGCAAUGGAGAAGUUCCGCGAGGAUGAAGGCUUUAUCAAAGAGGAGGAACGCCCAUUGCCAGAGAAUGAGUACCAACGUCAAGUCUGGCUCUUAUUCGAGCAUCCCGAGAGUUCUGGACCAGCCAGGGGCAUUGCCAUAGUCUCGGUCAUGGUCAUUUUGAUCUCCAUCGUUAUCUUUUGCUUGGAAACCCUGCCAGAGUUGAAGGAUGACAAGGAUGUUGCGAGUAGGACAGUGACCAUUGGCAACGUCACGACUAUUUACAAGCAGAACAUCCUCACCGAUCCCUUCUUCAUCGUGGAGACCCUCUGCAUCAUCUGGUUCUCCUUUGAGCUGAUCGUCAGGUUUUUCGCCUGUCCCAGCAAAGCGGAGUUCUUCAAGAACAUCAUGAACUUCAUUGACAUCGUGGCCAUCAUCCCCUAUUUCAUCACCUUGGGCACCGAACUGGCUGAUGAAAAAGGGGAGGAGAAUAAGAGUGGGGAGCAAGCCACCUCUUUGGCCAUCCUAAGGGUCAUUCGGCUGGUUCGGGUGUUCAGGAUUUUCAAGCUGUCCAGGCACUCCAAGGGCCUGCAGAUUCUAGGGCAGACUCUCAAAGCCAGCAUGAGAGAGUUGGGACUGCUUAUAUUUUUCCUCUUCAUUGGAGUCAUCUUGUUCUCCAGCGCCGUGUUCUUCGCUGAAGCUGACGACCCCGAUUCCUUGUUCACCAGCAUCCCAGAUGCUUUCUGGUGGGCUGUCGUGUCCAUGACCACUGUGGGCUAUGGCGACAUGUACCCCGUCACCAUCGGGGGUAAAAUCGUGGGGUCACUGUGUGCCAUCGCUGGGGUGUUGACCAUUGCCCUCCCUGUGCCUGUCAUCGUCUCUAACUUUAACUACUUCUACCAUAGAGAGACCGAAGGGGAGGAACAGGCUCAGUACCUGCACGUUAGUUGCCCCAACAUCGCUUCAGAGAGCGACGUGAGAAGCCACAGCUCCACCACCAUCAGCAAAUCCGAGUACAUGGAGAUCGCGGAAGACAUGAAAAACAGCAUAGACAACUUCAGAGAAGCCAAUCUUAGAACUGGCGAGUGGACUGUAGCAAACCAAAACUGUGUGAAUAAAAACAAGCUGCUGACAGAUGUUUAAAGAGGGAAGAAAAAAAUAAUAAUACAAAAAAACCCUGGACUGAAUGAAGUGAUAGGGUCACACAUUGUAGAUACUGCACUAAUCAAUCCUUGUAUUGCUUUGUUUACCUCGUAAAUGCAUUGAUGCAUUGCAGUUAUGCUCAGUGAAAUAAGCUUUCAGAAAUACGUGAAAGGUAUAUUUUUCAUUUAUUUUUUAAAUGGCUUUCUCUCUCCCCCUAACUGGGGUUAACAAAAAAAAACAAAAAAAAGGAAAUCUUUACAGAUACGUUUACGUGAGCACUUACAUUCAUUCUCCUCGAACCCUUGUUGACUUAUUCUGCUGCUCGUCUGUCUUGAAAAGACAACCCAAUUCAGCUCAUUUACCAACAGCAAUGCAUGUGUUAAAAGGUACGAUUCUGCAAGAUGCACAAGGGGACCAUUAUACAAACGCAUCCGAUUUCUAAGUUCUGGUGAGAACAUGCAAGCAUCUGCAGCGAUCGAUUCACUCACUGAAGAAUAUUUUUUCGAGUUUUGAAGGAUGAUGUGAUUGAUGGCUUUGCAUCGACAGAAGAUCGCAUCAAAUCACCGACCUCCAUCUACACAAAAAAAGAACCCCACACAAGAGACUGAAUUUUUUUGCCUCAAAUUUAUGAUGUAACAAUGAAUCUUUGGAAAACACCUGCAAUGCCGCAAUGGUGCAAGAUUGUUAAUAAUUCGUAUGCUUCCAAGACUGGAUGUAAGAUUAUCUGUCCCCGAUUUGUUGCAAAACAGCAUAAUGCAAAAAAAAAAUCUCCAACCUAAAAAUAGUAGCAUGUCCUGGUGUUAUUCACUUUUAUCCAUUAUUAACUUUUGUCGUGGCAUGACUGGAACAUUACUUAUAUAUAAAAAAAAGGAAAAAAUAUUUGUUUGGGUUUAAAUUCAAUUUACUUGAAACUUGUUUCCUUUCACCAAAAGUGCAGUCAUUAUUUAUCAUGUAAUUUAUUAUUUACAAGCACUCAUGUUCCCGAUUGUUAACUUGUAAUGGGGUAGGAUAAUUUUAGAAAAUCAUAGCAUGUUUAACUAUUUAGCAUUAUGGCCUAUUUGGGAUAGGUAAUAUGUAACCCAGUAUAACGUAUGCAUGACUUGAGCUUUGGGGAAAAAAAGGUUGAAUUAUAAAUAUAGAAGGACAUUGAGGGACCUGAUGAUUUUCCUGCAGAAUUUCAGGGAAAUGAGUUGGUUCAUGUCCUCACAUUGUUCAAAAUAUGAUAUAACAUAUCCUAAUUACUUCUGGGGAAAUAAAUCUCUGAAUCAAAGGAAAACAGGUUAGAGAAUGUAUAUACUUACAUACGGUUCUACCUAAAUUAAAAAAAGAAUUAUUCAGUGAUUUUAAAAAAAAA